AUGCAUGGAGUUAGGGUAUACUAUACUGAUGUUAACAAGAAUGAUCUGUUUCUCAGAUUCCUAAAUCAAGGUUUGUUGACCAUUGUUUCUCAGAUUCAUAAAGAUGAGCAACGUCGACGACGUACUGCAUCCACACGGAGGCAGCGAGUCACUGUGACUGCGGAUCACGUCGAUGAGCCAGUCAUCCCUGACCCAGAUAUUCAGGAUGACCCGAUGGAGGCACCAGCUGCUGUGGAGGACAUUCCUGCGGACGCGGGCGCAGAGGCGGCUAAGGAUCAGCAUCAGGGAUUUCCGGGUGGUCCGAGCGACUCAUCCGUGUUGACAGCGUAUGCGGAUCACGUUGCUUGCAGUGUAUGGAUGGGAGAGGAGCGUCCUGAAUUAAAGCUAUCCUCUCAUGGGAGGAAGGUCCACAGUUUAGGCAGGCUUGUCCCUGCCAUUGAGGGACUUAUUGCUGGUACAGGACUAAGUUCUCUGAUCGCGUGUUCGGUAAACACCGGCGAUCGGGGACUUUUGUCCGCGUUUGUGGAGUGGUGGCACCGGGAAACGUCUAGUUUCCAUCUCCCAGUGGGAGAUCUCACCAUCACAUUGGACGACAUCUCCUCUCUUCUCCAUCUUCUCGUUAUUGGCGACUUAUACGCAUUUCAGCCCUUGCACGUGGACGAUGCGGUUCAGAUGCUGGUGGACUUGUUGGUGGUCUCUCCAGAGUCUGCUAGGGCUGAGACAGUCCAGUGUCGCGGACCGUACGUACGCCUGCAAUGGGUACAUGAUAUAUAUCAGCGCCGAUGCCAGGCAGGUCAUUGGACAGCUGCGGCUUGCGCAUAUCUUCGUCACCUACUGGGUUGCACUCUGUUUGCUAACAAGAGUGCAACCAAUGUCCAUGUUGUCUACUUGGAGGCCCUUCGUGACCUCAGUAUGACAGAGAGGUACGCCUGGGGAGUGGCUCCUUUGGUUCAUAUGUACGACCAGCUGAACGAUUGCUGGAUUUACGAGCACUUUCCCUCGGUCACGGAGUCCACCGCUGAUCAGGACUACGACGAGGCUUCUCCGCGUGUGUGCAGGUGGAUUGCGACGAAGAAGACCGUGAAGAGAAUUCGCACGCCGUCGUACAGGGAGCGCCUGGAUCGACUCCGGAUUCUGGAUGUCUGUUGGAUCCCUUAUGGGGAGCAUCGGGAGGUCCGGGACUUCCACGUCAGAUCAUGCUAUUCCGGUCUCUUGCGCUGA